CUCUCUCCCUCCCUCCCGGCCGCGGAGCAGCAUGGCGGAGCCCGGGCAACGGCCGCGCGGCCGCCCGCCGCCCCUCUGAGCCGGGCUCGGGGGCAGUCGGCCGCCCCAGAGCCGCCCCCCACCCCUGCCGCGCCCUCCGCCGCACUUGUCCCACUGCGCGCCUCCUGGAGCGCCGCGCACCCCUGGGACCCUUGCGCGCCCCGGGUGCCCAGCAUAACCCCGGGACCCUCGCGCACCCCGGGUUCUCGGUUCUGCCCCAGGAACCCCGCGCGCCCCUGGACCCCGACGCAGCUCCGGGACCCCGCGCGCCGCCGGACCCCAAUACGCCCUCAGCACCCGGGGGCUCGGCCAACGAGGUUGAGCGCCCGGGGGAGGGGCCCAGCCCUAGAGGGUCCCCCUCUUCCAACAGACGGAGUCCCGCCCCAGAGAAACCCCCAGGUCCGACAGGGACAGUCAGCCACGCCCCAGAGGGCGCCCAGCAUCCUGCGGCUGGAGCCCCGUGCUCCAGAGGAAACUCCGUGCCCAACUGGGGGCUCCCCGCCCCGCUGAGGGGCGCAGCCCAGGAGGGUCCCCCGCGCCCCGCGGGCCCCGGCAGGAUGCACGCCGCCCUGGCGGGGCCGCUGCUCGCCGCCCUCCUCGCCACCGCUCGCGCCCGCCCGCAGCCCCCGGACGGAGGACAGUGCCGGCCGCCCGGAUCGCAGAGGGACUUGAACUCCUUCCUGUGGACGAUUCGGCGUGAUCCUCCGGCCUACCUGUUUGGCACUAUCCAUGUCCCCUACACUCGCGUCUGGGACUUCAUCCCGGACAACUCCAAGGCAGCCUUCCAGGCUAGCGCCCAUGUCUACUUUGAACUGGACCUGACAGACCCCUACACCAUCUCGGCCCUGGCCAGCUGCCAGCUGCUGCCGCAUGGGGAAAACCUGCAGGAUGUGCUGCCCCACGAGCUUUACUGGCGCUUGAAGCGCCACCUGGACUACGUGAAGUUGAUGAUGCCCUCCUGGAUGACGCCCGCUCAGCGGGGCAAGGGGCUCUAUGCUGACUACCUAUUCAAUGCCAUCGCGGGCAACUGGGAGCGCAAGAGGCCCGUCUGGGUGAUGCUCAUGGUGAACUCGCUCACAGAGAGGGACGUGCGCUUCCGCGGCGUGCCCGUGCUCGACCUCUACCUGGCCCAGCAGGCUGAGAAGAUGAAGAAGACCACAGGGGCUGUGGAGCAGGUGGAGGAGCAGUGCCAUCCCCUCAACAACGGGCUCAACUUCUCCCAGGUGCUGUUUGCCCUGAACCAAACCCUGCUGCAGCAGGAGAGUGUGCGGGCCGGGAGCCUGCAGGCCUCCUACACCACGGAGGACCUCAUCAAGCACUACAACUGCGGAGACCUCAGCGCAGUCAUCUUCAACCACGACACAUCCCAGCUGCCCAACUUUAUCAACACCACUCUCCCGCCACACGAGCAGGUGACGGCCCAGGAGAUUGACAGCUACUUCCGCCAGGAGCUCAUCUACAAGAGGAAUGAGCGCAUGGGGAAGAGGGUCAUGGCGCUUCUACGGGAGAACGAGGACAAGAUCUGCUUCUUUGCCUUCGGAGCAGGUCACUUUCUGGGGAACAACACAGUCAUCGACAUCCUGCGGCAGGCGGGGCUGGAGGUGGACCACACACCCGCCGGGCAGGCCAUACAUAGCCCUGUCCCCCAGAGCCCAGCGCCCUCUCCUGAGGGGACCUCAACGAGCCCGGCCCCAGUGACCCCAGCUGCCGCUGUCUCCGAAGCACCUUCCGCGACCCCCACCGCCCUACCAGAGGAUGAGGAUCCAGCCCUGUCCCCACACCUCCUGCUCCCCGACAGCCUCAGCCAGCUGGAGGAGUUUGGCCGGCAGAGGAAGUGGCACAAGAAGCAGAGCACACACCAGCGGCCGCGGCAGUUCAAUGACCUCUGGGUCCGCAUCGAGGACAGCACCACCGCCUCGCCACCACCGCUGCCCCUGCAGCCCACCCACAGCUCGGGGACCGCCAAGCCCCCCUUCCAGCCCUCAGACCAGCUACAACAGCAGGACCCACCAGGGCCUGCCAGCAGCUCGGCACCCACCCUGGGCCUCCUCCCCGCCGUCGCCACCACCAUCGCUGUCCACUUCCUGCUGCAUAGCCUUGGGCCCUCCUGACCUCGGCCACCCCAAGUGGAGAAGCCAGAGAAAUGAUACAGGCGUCUUCGGCCACACCCCACUGCUCCUGCCACCACCUCCAGGGGUGCCCAACACCUUGAGGGCAGUCCAGAUGGGAUUGGCUAGACACUCUAGAGCUUUACUGUACCCAAGUUACAUCUUCUUUUUUGUAGAAGGAUCUUAAUUUCCCAUAGUGCUAUGGGGCUCUUUUGUAAAAUACAUGUCCAUAUUAAAAAAGAAAAAUGUAUUUAUUCUACCGAUAAAA